GUUUAGAGGCUAUAUUUGAAUUUGUGAGAAAAGCAGCGUUAAAAAUCCUAUUUCUUAAAAAUUGAAGCUAGAAUAACUGAAUUUUAGCCUCUAGCUGGAAGACCAAUAGGCUAGGUCAAGGCGCUGCCUGGCUUGGUGAGGACGUCAUGGAUGGAAUGGACUCAAAAGACAAUGAGAAGUCUACCGUUAAUAAGCUCAUGUCGGCAGGAUUCACAAUUGAUGAUGAACAGCUCAAAAAGUUUCGAUCAGAAAUCACAGGGCUAAAAGAAAACAAUGAAAUGUCACUAGAGACUCAAAAUAUUUCUGUGGCAAAACCGUCAAAUAGUCUUUUAUACCAGGAAAGAUGUGACUCUCCUUCACUUGAUCCAAAAUGGCAGAGUUUCUUGAGUGAUGUUUUCAAUCGCCCCGAUAAUGAACAGUUGACACGGAAAAGAAAAUCAAGUCCCACUCCCCCAACAUCACCAGAUCCAAAGAAGAAGUUGACCAGGGUUCAGAAACGGAGGCUGCGGAAAAAAAACAGCAGAUUAGAAAGACUUAAGAAUGCAAAAGAUAAGCUUGAUAGAUGUUCUGGCGUUUCAGAUGGUGCUAGGCGUGAAACUUCUGCCUGUCCCUCUGCAGGUCCAAGUAACAGGGUGUCGCAAAAAGAUUGUGCGGACUCCAGGAAUAAUUCUCUUCAAAAUACAACUGGUAAAUAUCUACAUGCAGACAGGUGCGUGUCUGGGACAAAUGGUUUGUCAGGUCACUUAAAAUCAGGUACUUCGGAGUACUCGACAGAGUUGGUUGCUACACCCAGUUGUUCAUCGGGUUCGAAUCAAAAACAUGGUGUGAAGCGACCAUCUUCGAGCAUUGGUUGCACAACUGACCAAUCUGGAGGUGUUCAGUCCAAAAACAAUUGUGGAUGUGAUUUUGGGUCAGGAGAUGAUGGGACACAUGAUGUUGACAAAGGAGCUAAAACUUUACAUAAAAGUGAUGGAAAGAGAAUGAAGUUGGAUUCAGUUUUGGGGUCUGCGGACGACACUAGUGGAAUUUUUGUCUCUGAAUCAGAAGAGGAGGAGGUUCUUGUGAUUUAUGAUUCUGGGUUGACAAGGUCUGAAAUUGUUGAAAUUGUGCAGGAGAAAUUUGGGCAGGACAUACAAAUAGAGACUGGUUCUGACUCGGAGAAAGGGACAGAUCGUACUGGUAUUAAAAUUCUGGAUAAGAUGCACGAUCGGGUUCCAGAAAGUUCUGAAAAUGUGUCAGAUGACUCUGAUUGCAAGGUUCUAACCUCCAAUGGAAUGGCCAAGCCAGUUUCAUCUGUGUCAGAUUCAGAGUUGGUUUGUGAUUUAAUCAUUUCAUCCAAAGGUGUGAUAAAAAAGGCAGCUACACCUGGUAAGAAGUCUACGUCAGUGUCUCCUGAUAGAACUCCAUGUACCAGUGCUGUGUCGUCAUCUGUUCCUAGUAGUUCUGGUGUGUGGGCAUCGAAGGAAAAUUACACUGAGGCAUCAUCAAGCAAGUGUACUAAAGUCUCAUAUGAGUCAAGUCAGUCUAUUCAAGGUGGAAAGACUGAGAACCCCCUUGGAGAAAAGCCUUCAACUUCUGGGAAGAGCUCUAGUCAAGAUAAUGAGUGUUCGUCUACACGACAGACGAUUGUCCAGAGUUGUAGAGGCCUGAAGCGUACGAUAGAGGAGCUGGAGAGUAAGCGACCCCGUCCUGAGCAGUAUGUUGCCUUAGAUUGCGAGUUUGUUGGAGUUGGGGAAAAAGGUCGGAAGAGUGCUUUAGGACGUGCCAGCAUUGUUAACUACUAUGGGAAAGUUGUGUUAGAUAUCUACAGCUGCCCAGAAGAACCAAUCACCGACUUCAGGACCCCUUGGAGUGGAAUACAUCCCUACCACAUGAAGAAUGCCGUGCCGUUUGAAAGUGCAAGGAGACGAAUAAAACAGAUUAUCGAGGGAAAAAUCAUCAUCGGUCAUGCGAUUCAUAACGAUCUUGAAGUCUUGAAAAUAGCACCAUCGCAGGAGAACAUCAGAGAUACAAUAACGUCUGCCAAACUUAAGGAAAUGAUGGGGUCAAACGAGACAAAGUGUAGUCUUAAGAAGAUGGCAAGAGCUUUGUUAGAUCGCUGGAUCCAAAAAGGUAGUCACUGCUCCGUGGAAGAUGCUCGAGCAUCACUGGAUCUGUUCAAGUUGAUUGAGCAAGACUGGGAUGGGCAGCUAAAGCAGACUAAGAGACGGAAGCGAGGAACAUCUGAGACCGAGUCAUAUUUGGAUGAUGCUUACUGGCUGUUUGAUUAAUAUAUAGUUACAUGUGUACAUGUACAUGUUGGUCCAAAGAAAGAUGAUUAAAAAUAUCCUUUUAUUGUAAGCAU